AUGAUGCUUAUUCAAUCUUUGAGCUCAAAACAAAAUGGUAAAGAUUACGCUAUUGUCGCUUCGGACACCAGGUUAACCGAUGAAAAUAUGGGCCUCCUGUUUUCCAGAAGUUCCCCUCAUAUUUACGAAGUCGGUCCAAAUAUUAGGUUGUUGUUGACUGGGUUUCAUGGCGAUGUCUUGACCUUUGUUAAACUUAUUGAAGCAAAAGUCAAAGAGUACCGAUAUCAUCACAAAAAGGACAUUACCGUCAAAGCACUUGCGAAUUUGGUUUCAGUUUCCCUCUAUUCUAGAAGAUUUUUUCCAUACUAUGUUAGCACCAUUUUGGCUGGGAUUGAUGAAAAUGGCAAAGGUGCUAUUUACGAUUAUGAUCCAGUUGGUAAUUACGAUCGUGUUGUCUUUCGCGCUCUUGGAACCAGUGGCUCAAUUCUUCAGCCAUUCAUGGAUAGUCAGAUUAACGGCGAGGACCUUGUUGCUGACUGCGUUGAAUUAGCAAAAGAGGAUGCUAUUCGUCUUGUUAGGGAUGUUUUCAUCAGUGCCGCAGAACGUGAUAUUUUUUGCGGCGAUGCAGUUGUAAUCGACGUUAUCACAGCUGAUGGUGUACAACGUACAUCAUUUCCCUUACGUCGUGAUUAA